AUGGCAUUCUUCAGCAGAGUGGUGGCCAUAUGGUUCCUCCCGUUGUCCAUAAUAUGGUCCUCAGUCCUUGCCGAGGAACCGUUGAUGACGGUCAACAGGUUCGAGAAUGUCGCUUUCCUAAUCAACUUUUUCGGAGGCAGCGACAUUAUUAUGUUUAAAGAUGAAACGAAAGGAAACCUCUACCGAUUAGCAGAUGCAGGCGUCUCAUGGCAACAAAUUAAAGAUGUGCCAAUGAACAAGGCUCUCCGCCUUAUUAUGCAUCCUUUCGACAGAAGAAGAGCGUAUAUACUUACAGCCUCCAAGAUUCAGUUUCAAACCGAUGACCGCGGCGAGACAUGGACCAGAUUUGAUUCCAAAGCUCUGCCUAGCAAAUUCAGCGAUAACAUACUGAUCUUCCAUGCGCGCGACCCUGGCCGAAUCAUUCUCAAUGGAAUGGACUGUGAGGUCGAGAUGAUCUGCAGAGAUGCUCCCGUUUGCCUUUCGCCCACAACCGCCCUUGGAGAGUUAGCCAUCGCUAUACAUUCUCUGAUUUGGAGACUUCUGCACUGGACGGAUGCAAACUUUGCGCUUUAUUCAGGACUGCGCUGCUUGGAUUUGCCGCUGGGACCACGGGCCGUCGGCUGA